CAGCAUCAAGUUUGGUGGAGCAUUAGAGGCAACAUUAGAGAACCAGGAUGAUUUUCACACUGUGCUUGUUUCUGUGUUUCUGUGGUGUAACUUUGGGUCAGGAUGUUUUAUCUCAAACAGAAGUCACUACUGAAACCGGGUCAUGCUCUCCUGAUAUGUGUAAGUUCCUCAAAGAGUUUGAAGCCAUGAAAGCUAAACAAGAAGCUGUGGAAACCAAUCUGAAACAGACUGAAAGCCAGGUUCUGGUGCUUAAACAGAAAGGUGAAGCUUUGGAAACAAAGCUGAAAGAGACCGAAAGCCAGGUUCUGGUGCUUAAACAGAAAGAAGCAUUGAAAGUGGUCUUCAGUGCUGGUAUACUUGGGAAUGCAGCCAUUGGACCCUUCAAGACACCCACAACCCUAAUCUACACAAGAAUAAUAACAAAUCUGGGCAAUGCCUACAACCAGAACACUGGUAUCUUUGUUGCACCUGUUAGAGGCAUGUACUACUUCACCUUCUUCUAUCGUGCUGGUGGAGAACAUAAGGUGCGUCUGGUCCUCAUGAAGAACAAUGAAUAUGUUGUGGAGAGCUCUGAUCACAAGACACUGAAUGACGGGGCUGAUAAUGGAGGCAAUGCUGCCUUCAUGGAGCUGCAGCAGGGAGACCAGGUCUACGUCCAGCUGUAUCCAGACACACAUGUGUUUGGAGGGAGCCACACAACUACUUUCAGUGGUUUUCUUCUUCAUCAAGACUGAAAAAAACAUUGAUGUGAUCAUUUGAAUGCCUUUAAACUACUGAACAGACUGUGACCAUGGUUAGUGUUUUUCAGUUUCAUUCGCUAAUCCGUUGUAGAUUAUAAUUAAAUUGAAAUGAUCCAUCCAGCAAAACUUACUUCCACAUUACAUGAACGUCACUCUGAGACGUCAGCGUCUUUGCAGGAAAGAGUUUUGCUAACGAAAGCAUCAAAGGUAUAAAUGGAAAAAGAAAAUGUAUGUUGAUGCAACAAGUCCUUCAGAAAAGCAUAAAAAUGUUUGAAUUGAUGCAAUUCCAGAUUUUUCUUAAUUUUACAAUUAGAAAUGUAAAUCUCUGAGGAGACAUUAUGGUUUCCAUGGUUUGUUUUAAUCUGUAUAAAUGAAUUUAAGUCUGUCAAUAAAACUUCAAUUGACCUGAACAGAAAUUACAAUUGUAGUCAAUAAAAAAUUU